AUGUUUCGGGACGUUGCGCCUUCGGCAGUGUUCGAUGUGCCGGAUGACGGGUCCUCAUCAACCGUAGCAAUGCGUUCACCAGUAACGGAGGCGUUGCAAGUUCCUGCAGCAAGAGCGCCGGAAGCCAAGAGAACUAAGAAGGUUGGCAUUGUCGGAAAGUACGGCACUCGUUACGGGGCAUCUUUGAGAAAAACUAUUAAAAAGAUGGAAAUCACGCAGCACUCAAAAUAUACAUGUACCUUUUGUGGCAAGGUGAGGAUAACGUUUUUGCUAUAUGCUUAAAU